CUACUAGCUUGCAGUACAUACAUUUUAGUUGCAAACAGUGGUAAUCUUCCUGCUGAAGGAAGAGUGAAUAGCCAGAAGAGAGAUGAUCCUAUCUGCUUGCUGUUUUGGAAUGUUGAUGUAGCCAGCUAUAUUGAUUGCUACUUUGCAGAAGAAAUCAUGAAACAUCUGAAGCAGCAAUGGAGAAGUCUAGCCAUUUUGCAAAUUUUGUGCCUGUUUUUGAAGACAUGUGUACCAAAUGCUUCCAAACCAAAUAUUUUACUUAUAAUGGUCGAUGAUCUUGGUAUUGGAGACGUAGGCUGCUAUGGCAAUGAUACAAUAAGGACCCCUAAUAUUGAUCAUCUGGCAAAGGAAGGAGUAAGACUGACUCAGCACAUUGCUGCAGCUCCAGUUUGCACCCCAAGCAGAGCAGCUUUCCUGACUGGCAGAUACCCCAUCAGAUCAGGCAUGGGUUCCAGCAUCAAGCAACGCAUUGUUUUUUGGAAUGGUGCCUCAGGAGGCCUUCCUCCCAAUGAAACAACUUUUGCCAGAAUACUGCAGCAGCAAGGUUAUACCACAGCACUUAUAGGCAAGUGGCAUUUGGGUGUGAACUGUGAAUCCCGCAACGAUCACUGCCACCAUCCUCUAAACCAUGGCUUCAAUUAUUUUUAUGGAAUGCCUUUUAGCCUUGUGAACGAAUGUCAAGGAAGAGAAAAUCCUGAGCUAAGCCAGUCUUUGCAAGAUACCUAUUGGCUUCACACUCAGAUAAUUGCCCUUGCUGUGUUUACACUUUUGAUUGGAAAACUUACCAAUUUAUUCUCAGUGAAAUGGAAGACUAUUACAUGUUUUGCCACAUGUGGUUUCCUGUUUUUCAUCUCCUGGUUCUCCAGCUAUGGAUUUACGAAGUACUGGAAUUGUAUCCUGAUGAGAAACCACGACAUUACUGAACAACCAAUGAAGCUGGAGAAAACCACUUUCAACCUUCUUAAAGAGACAGUUUCAUUUAUUGAACGAAGCAAGCAAGAUCCAUUCCUCCUGUUUGUUUCCUUCUUACAUGUCCACACGCCCCUCAUCACAACAGAGAAGUUUCGUGGGAGAAGCAGUCAUGGUUUAUAUGGUGAUAACGUAGAGGAGAUGGACUGGCUGGUGGGCCAACUUUUGGAAGCAAUUGACAAGGAAGGACUAAAGAAUAGCACAUUUGUGUAUUUUGCAUCUGACCAUGGCGGUUUCUUGGAGGCUCAAGAAGGAAAUGUCCAACGAGGGGGCUGGAAUGGAAUAUAUAAAGGUGGCAAAGCUAUGGGAGGCUGGGAAGGAGGGAUCCGUGUGCCAGGGAUAGUUAGGUGGCCAGGAGUGUUACCUGCAGACACAGUCAUUGAUGAACCUACAAGUCUAAUGGAUAUUUACCCUACAGUUGUUCAUUUGGCUGGAGGCACAGUGCCACAGGACAGGGUAAUCGAUGGUCGCAACUUGAUGCCUUUACUGCGGGGAACAGUUCAGCACUCAGACCAUGAGUUCAUGUUUCACUACUGUGGUGUGUACUUACAUGCCGUGCGGUGGCACCAGAAGGACAGUGGUGCACUGUGGAAGGCUCAUUAUACUACUCCAAUAUUCCAGCCAGAGGGUGCUGGAGCCUGCUAUAAAAGUGGAAUUUGCCACUGCUUUGGAGAAGAUGUAACCCACCAUGAUCCUCCUUUGCUUUUUGAUCUCUCACGAGACCCUUCUGAAGCCAAUCCUCUCUCACCUGACACUGAACCCCUGUUUGAUGCAGUAAUAAGCAGAAUAGAAAGAGCUGUGUGGGACCACCAUGGCACUCUGAGUCCAGUUCCACAGCAGCUCUCUGCAUACAACAUUGUGUGGAAACCCUGGCUGCAGCCGUGCUGUGGAACAUUCCCAUUUUGCUGGUGCGAUGAAGAAGGUGACAGAACACAGCACAUUCCUUAAUGGGAAAGUAACCAGAGACUCAAUAGCCUGAAAAAUGUUUUCACACUUAAAUGACUUUGGCCAAACACUACUCUAAUCAGAGCCAAAUUACACUGGCUAAUCGCAACAGAUAUUCCUCUGAUUUGUUCCUCAUACAAUCCAUGAGUUCUGUUCAUAGAGCUGGAGUUUGCUUGAAGAAGGACUGAAUAAAUCUUGCCUCAAAACCACCAAUGUAACUUGGCCCAUAGGCUCAUAAUUACCUUCAGAUAACCAAAGUGAACUUACUCAAGUAAAUAAUUAAAUAUAAGGGAUCAGUUUCUGAAACCACUUCCUGUUCACCUUACUCUUACUCUGGUAAAAUAUUCAGAGAGACCAAUAGGAUGGUGUCUGAAGAUGGAGCUCAGGAUUUAAUCUUUCACUUAUAGAAUAUCUCCUGUAUUUACAAACAUAAUAGUGCAAUCAAUUUGGAAAGGUAUUAAAACAUCUUAGCCUCACUGGGUACAUCUACAUGUAAUAUUAAUGUGAUACAAUAAACUGCAAUACAGGUUGUGCCA